AAUUUAAGGGAAUAACUGAGAGUUGGAAAAAUAAAUUGUGGAAGUAAGAAAGUAUGGGAACAUCAUCGCUUGCAAACCGGUUACUAAAUCGUUUAAUGAAUGUAGAAUCAAGAAAUACUCAUCGACCCAAUGAUGAUGAUGGUUACAAUGAGCUAUCUCAUCGAUUAUUAUCAUGUCUGGAUAUGCGAAGUGAGAAAAAUCCAGCAGAAAUACUGAAACAUCCGUCAGUAGCGCGAUUAAUCGUUCGACGUGAAUUAGGACUUCAGCGAACUCAAUGCAGUUUUGGUAGAAAUGCUUUACGUUCACUCAUUAUGUCGAAUAAUCGGAGAUAUGUCUUAUGUGAGAGGCAUGAUGCAAGAGGAUUCCUUAACGUCGACGGGGGUUUAUUGGUUGCACAUAAAGCACGUAAAAUCUACAACAUUGAUAUUUUGGAGCCAUUAUGCCGACUGGAUAUGUUAGACGAAAUGGAGAAGAUUCUGUCAACACUUUGGGUUGAACUUGUCGUUGACUUGCAGGAGGGGACAUCCAAUUCUUCACCAUUCUGGGUAUUAAUUUUAACACAAAAUCGUUUGCUAUGCAUUGAUCCCCUACGUCAGUCAGUAGAGGCUGAGUUUAUACUGCCAUCAGACUCCUGUAAAUUCAGCUGCCUGGCACCCAAUGAACUCGGUCGAACGUUUUGCUUAUUUGGACAUAUGUUGUCGCAGGACGGCGCACGAAGCAGCAGUACCAGUGGGACAGAUUGUGUUGUCGGCGUCUUUGAUGUUUAUCCACUUAAAUUUAAAGGCAUAUUCCGCAUCACAAAAGAGAUUUUUGGAAAUGUUACAAACGUGAGUGUAAUAUCUGAUAUGGUAAUUGUUUUCAAGAAGAAGCCAUACGAAACGGUGUUGUACAAUUUGGUCGAUUUUCAGAAUCAAACUGAAGAAGGAUUAUAUGACUCAGAAUUACGGUUUGAUGGAAAAAUAGUUUUGCCUAUACCUACUUUAAUUAUAUCGGAACCGGUCAAAUGUGCAAGAGUUGCAGGUAAUUGGUCAACGCUAGAAUAUAGUGGUGUACCAUAUCAUUUGUUGGGCAUUUCGUAUUCUUCUAAAAAACCGUACAUGUUAGUUGAUGCUGCGAAAAUGACAGAACCGGCAUCACUACCAUUUCCACUGCAGCCACCGAAAAAUACAUCAUUGCAAGUGGAAGGAGCUAGCUUAAUGUUCCAUUCAGACGAAUCAGGGCGGUUGCUUCGUUUUGAUGGACCAGCAAUUGUGUCGUACAAGAUGAAGCGAUCUGUAAAUGAUAAAAUGUCAUUUCAAGAAGUCUGGCGAACCAAUUUAUGGGUGAAAGAUAGUUUCUUUCAUGAAAAGCUUGAAAGCAACGUAAAAAUUAAAUCAAGUUUUGGACGUCAUAUUAAGCCAACGUCCGAUUUUGAUCAAGACUUUCGACUGGUCAUCAAAGGAGUGGAUGUUGAUAUUGAAAGCCAGAUUAUUGCUAUUAUUGCGGAGUGUGAUCUUCACUCGCCAGUUUUUGAUGAUCCGAGCCGACCGUUCGAUGCAAUGACUCGCCGUAAUAUAUACUUGGAUGAAGUUGAUAUGUGCACUGUGAUCUUUUUAUUGGAUGAUGCUACCGGUACUAUUUUGAAAAUUGCGAUGAUGCGUGAACCGAUAAGAGAGAAUACUAUUUUACAUUUUGAUAUGUCUGGUGUCCUAAUGUGCUUUAAUCAACGAGGGCCUCGGAAAUCAUACCUUGAAGUUCAGCGUUUGCAGGAAAUGGGAGUUGUCGAGUGGGGAAAACCGAAACAUAAUGAGCUUGAACUGUAUGAUAUAAAGUAUAACUCGGGUGUGCUUAACCGGCGGCAAACACGACUUCGUACUCGAGAUGCAGCGACCCGAGAAGGAACUAUAAGUUUGACAACGUCAAGUGCUACAGGUACAAAUAGCAGCCGAACAUUCGAUGGAAGAUACAGUUUGCCAGCAGAUGACAACGAGCCCAGUGGAAGUCGGGAAUCAGUUUCAGGACCUCGCCGUCGUAAACGUUUGCGAAUUGUUUAUCUAGGUGAUACAGACUCAUCCGAUUCAGAUUAUCGUCCGCGCAGUCAGUAGAAUAAUAAUGAGAGAUUUAUAAUUAUCAGUUAUAUUUUCAUAGCUAUUGUUAUGUAGAUGUACAUUUAUGCUCCUUUGAUUGAUUCUUGACUUUACCUUUUUUGUUUUGUUUCAAAAGAUUGUUAAGUUUUAACUUACCAAAGAAGAACGAUGCCAGAUCUUGAAUAUAUUUACUGUUAUACGGAACAGUUUACUACUAUGG